GCGCUGGACUGUGGCCGGGAUGCCACUGCUGCUGCGACUAGCUAACAGUUGGGGGAUUUAAUUAAUCUUCUGCCCGGUGGCGACGCAAGAAAGCGGCCGUGAAGCGUUCCUUUGUCUGCAUUAAACACCUGAGACGGAAAUGUUGCGCCGGGUGUGUGUCAGGUAGCGUUAAACCGGCUCUGAAAAUGCAGGUAGCCCCUUCCUCCAAGAACAACAAAACCUGCUGCUGCGGAGCUCGGCCCACCGGGCAGGGGGACUCGUUGCAGGAACUUACGCCCGCGGCAGAGGCUCGCUUGGCGGACUGAGAAGUCAUGGAGACUGUGAGGGAGAACGGAGGGUCGUUCGGAGUCGACUUGAACGAGAACGAAGAGGGAGAAAGAGGUGGCGGAGCGGGGAAAUCAGCACUCAGAGACCGCAGCAUCGCGCUGCUAGCCGGGGUCAGCGCGGUGCAAGACGCUGGGAAGGCUUUCACCGGCCUCGGCAGGGAUGUAAACACUGACGCCUCCUUGAAAGGGAAGAUAAUGCUGGAGAGGCUGUUCCCCGGCCAGGUUUCCGGGGUCUGCGGGGACCACAGUGGCCUGAACGGGUUCACUGAGGAGGAGCUGUCGGUGGUCGAGUUGGAAGUAGGAGGAGGGCUUGGCCUUGAGGGCACCACAGCUGCUUCCUGUCCAGCUGUGUUCUCAGUGGAGAAGAUGCGGGGGGACAGCAAAGAAGAAGCCCGGGACUCAGACUGUGUUAGCCCGGGGGGAGAGGCCACAGGAGGCGGGUGUAUCAGGACUGCUCUGCCCGGCCAUGAGCUGGUAUGCGCGGUGAGGGAGCACCGGCGGAACUGCGCCUGCACCGCGGGGGUAAACAUGCCCAACGGGGCUGCUGACAGCUGUGAGGGGGAGGCAGGGUUAUUUCCCACCCAGCAGCUUUGCGUUUGCGACUGUGAAGAAGUGAAAGUGGCCAACGGGGGUUUCCACACACAUGACCAGGACCUGGACUCGGGCUGCUCACCUGAAAACACCCCUGACUGUCAGUUUAAAUCGAAGUCUAGGCAUGAGAAGAGGGUAGGGUCCCCUGGAUUAAGUGCCAAAUCCCCCUCUCCCUGCCCUUCAUCCAGUGGCAGCCCGCUCUCUGAGCGCAACACCAGGGAUGAAGAGGAGGUGGAGGACGAUGAGGAGGGUUUCAGUGACCCCAGCUCACCUCCCGUCAGGCCGCAGAGUCUGAGGACUAACCCCAACGUGGCCGUGUCCCUCAGCUGUGACGCCACCCCGCUGUCCCCAGAGGAUGAGGAGGAUGGGGGCUUUUAUUUUGAAGGGUACGACGAAGACCUGAGGGGCGUUUUGGAGGCGGGUCGCCGGCAGAGCGCUCCGGACACGCUCCCGGACCUGAACCAGGACAGCUCGGACCCCAAGCAGAUGCCAAAGAGGUUCGGCAUCGCAGAUUUCUUCACCAGGAGCCUGUUUUCUAGGAAACCCAAAGAGCCCAAAGCGACAUCUCACAGCUCAGCAGGGUGGCGACUGUUUGGCAAGACAGCAGCCAGAGAAGGCGAUACGAGCAAAGACCUCGCCUCCACGCCGACCGCGGAGCAGUCUCCUCAGCAGGAGCCGAUGAAGGACUCCAGCGUGCCCUUGUGUCCUCAGCGCCCCCUGCUUGCAGGGAGGAGGAAAAACCUGGAGUUUGAACCUCUUUCCACCACGGCUCUCAUCUUGGAGGACCGCCCUUCGAACCUGCCGGCUAAAUCUACGGAGGAAACUCAGAGACACAAGCUGGAGUACGAGGAGAUGGUGGCAGGAGCCAAGAGGAGAGAGCUGAAAGAAGCCCAGAGGAAGAAGCGUCAGAUGAAGGAGAGACACCGGCAGGAGGACAGCAUCUCCAACGCCAUGGUCAUCUGGAACACCGAGAUCCUGCCUCACUGGGACUCCAUGAAGGGAACGAGGCGGGUCAGAGAGCUGUGGUGGCAGGGCCUUCCCCCCAGUGUCAGAGGAAGAGUUUGGAGCCUCGCUAUCGGCAACGAGCUGAACAUCACACCAGAGCUCUAUGAGAUCUUCCUCUCCAGAGCCAAAGAGAAGUGGAGGAGUUACAGCGAGACCAGCUCGGUGAACGACAGCGAGAGCGAUGGAGGAGCAUCUCUGGCUGACAGAGAGUCCAGCCUGGAUCUCAUCAAACUAGACAUCUCCAGAACCUUCCCCUCGCUCUUCAUCUUCCAGAAGGGCGGUCCGUACCACGACCUCCUCCACAGCGUGCUGGGUGCCUACACGUGUUACAGGCCUGACAUUGGCUAUGUGCAGGGCAUGUCCUUCAUCGCUGCUGUGCUCAUCCUCAACCUGGAGGAGGCCGAGGCCUUCAUCACCUUUGCCAACCUGCUCAAUAAACCCUGUCAGAUGGCCUUCUUCAGAGUCGACCAUGAACUGAUGUUGAAGUAUUUUGCAGCCUUUGAGAUUUUCUUCGAGGAGAAUCUUCCUCGUCUCUUCAGCCACUUCCAGACCAACAGCCUGACCCCUGACCUCUAUCUGAUUGACUGGAUCUUCACUCUGUACAGUAAGUCACUCCCUCUGGACGUGGCGUGCCGGGUGUGGGACGUCUUUUGCCGGGAUGGCGAGGAGAGCUUAUUCCGGACGGGUCUGGGCAUCCUGCAUCUGUACGAGGAAGUCCUGCUGCAGAUGGACUUCAUCCACAUCGCGCAGUUCCUCACGCGGCUGCCGGAGGACCUGCAGUCGCACACGCUCUUCAACGCCAUGGCCAGCACACACAUGAUCAGCAGGAACCGCCGCUGGGCUCAGGUGUUUUCUGCCUUGAUGAAGGACGGAAAUAAAGAGGCGGAUAAAAACACGAGUCCAGCUUUGAGAAGCUAACCCCGACGCUAACUCCAGCUGUACUCAAACUAACGUCUGGCUUCGGGGAUGUCGGAGCUCGCGCUAGCUCCCCCUGCCGCCGCUGACGCCAACCACAGAGGCUAGUUGUGUAUCUUGAAGCUGCGUAGCCUGAAGCUAAACUCAGUCCUGGGCUCAGCUACGAAGCUUGAAGUGAAGACGAGGCAGCCGUGGAGGUGGGGGCGGAGCCGCUGACCAGUCUUGGGAAAGGAAGCGGCAGCUCCGGCGAUUCCUGAAACCUCUGCUGGGACCAGAAGCGUUCGGUUACUCCUGAUCUUCAGCUGCCAGUCAGUAUUUCUCACAGAUUGUGUUCCACAGCUGGGGAGUCACAGGUGGCUGGGAAGAAAACCUAAAAGCAGUCCGACUCGGCCAUCGUUUGGCUCCUCCAGGUCGAGACGGCGCUAACACUGAGCGUCACGCCCUGCGUAAUUCUCCAAGACUCUAAAUCUAACUGUAGGUGCUAAUGAGUUUCUCAAGGCUUCAGAAAUGUCCUCUGUGGUUCACUUAUUAAUGUGAGUCCUUGUGGUUCGAGUUCACAAACACUCUUUUACUUUGCUGCUUUUGUUGUAAUAUUAGCUUCAAGAAUGACGGCAGUCUGCACUACUUUAAUCUGCUAGCAAAACAAACUCACAACACGGGAGAUUUGGGUGGAAGUAAAACUAAAGUGUUGCAGUUUACUCGCUGCUUCUCUGUCACCAGUUUUGGUGGGAGCUGCCCAGUUUGGGAGAUAUCUGCUGCCUUCUCAGAACUAAAAUCAAAAAGCAUUUUUAAUAUAAUUCUGUCGUUCUGGGAAUCAAGACCACCUUCCUUAAAAAAGGAUUCAUGUACCCAAACUCACUGUGAGCAUGUUUCAGGAUCUGUGCAGAAGGAAGCGUCGAUCUGUCGCGUGUCGGUCCGUUAGCUUAGCGCCCCGCUGAACAGCAGUCAUUUUACCAGAACCAAUCAGCAAACAACCUACAGGUGACAUCACCUGCCCACACUCCCAAGUCAGUCUAAUGUGUUUUAUUAGAGCCUGUAGAUGUUACCUAGCAACCACCACUAGAGUGCAGUGUGUGACAGGAAGCUGUAACCGAGCAGCACGGAGCAAAGAGGGACGGCAUCCGUGCUAACCUUUAACAUCAACGCUGAGCCUCGUCUGAUCGGCUGUGCUCGACUUUUGUUACGUUCAAACUCGUCCACUGGUCCCACGCACAGGUUUUGUGGAUUUUUGUGAUUAAGUCGGUCAUGAUUUUUGGAAAAACACUUAUAGACGAUAGUCCUGACCAGACGCUCAGAGCUCCUGGGACUGAGAGCUGACGGCAAAUUCAAAGCGUCACCUUCUGACGCCGCACUCUCUCCACCUCACGCUCCGUGUUCCCGUCACUUGUGCACAAGAUCCUGAACUCCCUCGUUUGGUGGAAGAAGCAACAGCCUGCUGUUUUCUGGCUCAUUCAUUCGAUUCGUGUUCAAGAGAAGGCAGCCUUUAUCUGUGAAGUUAGAGCGCUCUCACCAGUCACUCGAAGGAAACCAGGGCUGAAAUGGCCCUUUAAGGACGAGCAGAUGGUGAAAGUGAUUACAAAGGAUGCAGUUAAUGAAAGAGUAUGUGUUUGUUUUUUUUUUAAACGUUAAGAUAAUGAUUCCACUUAAGUGUUUAAUACUUCUAAAUAUAUUCUAAAGGUGGGAAUAUUAGUGCUGGUGUUUAAGCAAGAAUUUAGAAGGACAUUCGUGUUAGUAUUUGACGUAAUUGGCUUAAAAUAUCCACAAAAACCAUUUUGGGUAGAGCGUAAAUGUUUGUGCUGACAAAUGGGGCCAUCGGGGUUUUAAAGCCAGCGUUUCCCAGAUCCAGAUUUCCAUUCAGAGCACUUUAUCACGCAGCAUUUAAGCCCCACAGUGAGGCCUCCAGCUCUACGGCCGCGGCUUUUAGCUUUUAGUAGUUCGGGCUUGAAAAAUGACGCUUUUAUAGGCUUUGCAUUAGAUUAUUUCUUGCUUGUUUAUUAAAACUUAGCUAAAAAAUUUGACUGAAGUUAACAGAAGAAACUGCUGCAUGUAUGCAAGCAGCGUGUUUGAACCCGGAGGCCUAAAACCGAGACCAGAGGUGUUGCUGUUCACUCCCAGAAGAUCCUUGAAAACAUUAUUUCCUUUUAAAGCAAACAUCCUCCAAGUCGCCAUCUUCUCAAAUUUGCAGUGUUUCUUUGUCAUCUCUUGUUUUGGAUGAAUUCGAUCGUACGUUCUGAUUUUCUGUGGAUCAACCGUUUGGUCUACAUAGAUGCCAGAGGGGAAAAAAACUUGCUUCCAGCCGCUCGGGCUGAAAACUCUCUGCCGACUUUUAGACUGUUUGAAGCUGCUCGCACCAACACUCCAACGGGAUAAUGAAAGCAAUUUUUAUUUAUUUUUUCUUAUAUUACUCGUUUUCUUUCAAAAACAAAAGUCUGCUCAAAAAUCGAGUUACUGCUGCUUUAGCCUGCCUACAGGCAACUGCAAGCCACUUUGCAACCCACCGUCACCACCUUUGCUCCACCUCCUCCAUGUCGUUCCGUCUGCCAGAGCAAACAAACAUAACACAACAGCGUCGUCCUGAAAUAACAGGAAAAGGAGUUUGUGGUAUUUAUAGUGAAAAAUGAUUGUUUUUGGAUAUUAAUUACUUUUUACACAGAAGAGUAACACUAAUCUGAGGAUGCAGAUGUUACCAACACACUGACUGAACAAAGCUUCGCACUCACAGCCGUCACUAAAAACACAACAGCGCUACAAUAAUGAGCAGAUCAGCAGCGUCUCUACAAGUUUCUACACUCUUUGUUGCUCCUUGAGCUCAUGGAAACACUUCUUUGAUUUCCACUCACUACAUCAGCCUGAUGUGUUUGCACAGCCGAUUAAAGGCAGCCAGAGGUCACCACCUCCUGUGAGACGGGCAAUGAUGGAAAUAUGUGCCAAAAAAUAAAAUCAAGAUAAAAUGUGUUUCAAAAAUAUACUGGACUAUAGAGUGAACUCUGUUUUGUGCUGCCAGACUUUUAUAUAAUUCAUGGAUGGUAUCUAAUGGAUGUAAUAAUAAAGUUAAGCAAUCUCAA